GCGGCGGCGGCAGCAGCGGGGGGGCGGGCGGGUAGCGGCAGCGGGGACGAGAGCCGCUGCCCUCCCUUUCCCUGCCCGCCGCUGUCCCUUCCUCCGCCCACCUCCCGCCCCCCCUUCCCCGCUCCUGCGCCCGACCCAGCCGCCGUUCCGGGCAGGGAGGAAGGGCUUGGAGCCACCUCCCGCUGCCCCCGGCAGCCCCCCUCCCCAUGCAGCCCGGCCCGCAGCUGGGAGCCCUCCCCGGGGGGAUGUUUCUGCGGCCGCUGCCGGGAUAACCGGCGCGCCGUCCGCCCCCACCCCGGACGGAGGAUGCUGCCCGCGCUGUGGCGGGUUCCGACUCGGGCAGCAGCGGCCGCGUCCCCCUCCUCGGCUCCGGGCAGCGUCGCCGCGGAGAGAUGACUUCAAGGCACCAGGCGGACUGGAUCCCUUACAGUGUUCUGGAUGAUGAGGGGAGCAGCCUGCGUCAGCAGAAGCUUGACAGGCAGCGAGCACUGCUAGAACAGAAGCAGAAAAAAAAGCGCCAGGAGCCAUUAAUGGUUCAGUCCAAUGUGGACAGUCGCACAAGGACACGCAGAAUGAAACAUUCAGAAGAACAAGCACCAUUGGUUGAAUCAUAUCUUAACAGCAACAGCAGCACCAUAUAUCAUGCAGUGCAGGAGGCCGAGCAGGAAGAUGUAAAGGUGGUAGUGGAUGCCCAAGCUCCGAAACCAACUAAAAAAACCAAGGCCGCAGCUGCGAGCUGUCAGACUGGCGGCACCAGAAAGGAGAAAAAAGGGAAACACAAAGGGAUUGAUGGCCCAGCUGCUUUUCAAGAUGAUGUUCAGAAGACAGGAGGUCAGGUACAGAUUCUUACUAUUGGACAGUCUAGCCAUGAUGAAGAUGAUGGAGAGAAAACAGCUAGUGGCCAACAACAGCAAAGCAAACAAGAUCUUAGAACAGCAAUGCAGAAAAAAGAUCCCCAUGCAAAUACAUCCUGGUCCUCUUCCACCUCCCAGUCCAGUCUUGUCGCCCUGGAUCAUGUUCCUGGCAUCUCAAGCAGCAUGAAUUUUGAUGAGGAAGAAGAUGAAGAAGAUGAAGACAGCUCCAGUUCUUCGCAGUUAAACAGUAAUACCCGCCCUGGAUCUGCCACGAGCAAGAAAUCCAAUAAGGAAGCCGCCUCAGCCCCCAGUCCUUCCACGAAUGAGCCUCUCAUAGACGUCGAUGACCUGGAGGAAUUUGCCAUAAGACCUGCUCCACAGGGUGUCACUGUCAAAUGCAGAAUCACAAGAGAUAAGAAGGGAAUGGACCGAGGGAUGUACCCUACCUAUUACCUCCACUUGGAAAGGGAGCAUGGUAAAAAGGUGUUUCUGUUAGCUGGGAGGAAACGAAAGAAGAGUAAAACCUCCAAUUACCUCAUCUCUAUAGACCCAACUGACCUGUCUCGGGGUGGAGAGAGUUUUAUUGGAAAACUGAGAUCAAAUCUUAUGGGAACUAAGUUUACAGUUUAUGACAAUGGAGUAAAUCCAAUGAAAACAACAUCAAGCCUGGAGGCGAGUAUCCUGCGUCAGGAGCUAGCUGCUAUUUGUUACGAAACAAAUGUCUUGGGGUUUAAAGGACCACGCAAAAUGAGUGUAAUCAUACCAGGAAUGAAUAUGGACCAUGAAAGAGUUUCCAUCAGACCACGAAAUGAACAUGAGACGCUUCUUGCAAGAUGGCAGAACAAAAAUACAGAGAGUGUCAUUGAGCUGCAUAACAAAACACCAGUGUGGAAUGAUGACACGCAGUCCUAUGUUUUAAAUUUCCAUGGUCGAGUCACACAGGCCUCAGUGAAAAACUUCCAAAUUAUUCAUGAUAAUGAUCCUGAAUAUAUAGUGAUGCAGUUUGGCCGCGUGGCUGAGGAUGUGUUCACCAUGGACUACAACUACCCAAUGUGCGCGCUACAAGCCUUUGCCAUUGCCCUGUCAAGUUUUGACAGCAAGCUGGCUUGUGAGUAAAGGGGCAUGGGUGAGCAUCCUCUCAAAGGAAGCAGUUUGCUAUAUGAUUCCCAGUUCCUGCUGAUGUCAUUUAUAGUCCAUACUAAACAGGGCAGGGAAAAUGUAGUUGCGGAGGAUCACUCUAUUGCUGAAGAGAAAGUAAAAGGAAUCUUCUAAAAAUUCAGGACAUUCAGGAAAUAUGUUUUCCUUUUUUUUUUUUUUUUCUGUCAUAUUUUUUCUGGAAGUGACAUCAAGUUUGUGUAAAUAGAAGUUCUCUCUCAUGUCCUUGAAAAUGCUAUGGAGAUGUGCCAUGAUGUACUGUACCGUGGCUCUAGUGGCACCAUUAUAAUGGUGUCUUUUUUAAAUCCAGAAAGGGCGUGCACACUCAAAAAGUUCCUUUUUACAUUUAAGAAUUAUUCUGAGGCUGCAAUCGUACCUCAAGGUUGCAUUCCUACAUCGACUAAUCAGAGCUUCACAUCAGCCAACGUAAAAGAAAGAUCACAGAAAAGAUGCACUUUUUUGAAUGUGCAAGGAUCUCAUGUAGUAUAAAGCAAAGUGUGAAGGUUGAAAAGCUAUACUGGACUGAACUUGAUGCAUUGCUAUUGCAUAUGUAGUAGGGCAUGAUGAAUUUUAAUUGCAGUAGGAGGAAACGGAGAAGUAGUAAGCACAAAACAAUGUUGCACAAGUCACUUGAAUUCCAAGCUGUUAUUAUGUUUUAACAUCUACAUGCUUUUUUAAUUUGUUUCAAAUGAAAAUGUAUUUGGAGUACAGAAAAGGAAAACAUUUAGAUGCCAAGAAAGCAUAAGUUAUGUUGAAUUUGGCAUGUUGUCUGUUGGGAACUAAUAUCCUUGUAUUGCUGUGGUAAUUCAAACACAUAUUUUGUAUGAAGUGAUACAAACAGUUGGAUAAAGGCUCUCUACAGAGAAUCUUAUUAUUUUGACCAGGCUGUGUAAAGCUCAAGAAGGUAAAUGGAAAUAUUUUAUUAAAUUUGUCUGGCCUUUCGCGAUUUUACAA